CAGUCAGUCUAAUGUGAUUGAGACAAGGGAGGUUUUUCAGGGGGAGACUGGGAGAUAGUGGCCUCCCCUCCCCCUUCUCCUCUUCCUGUGCCGGCCUCAACCCCUCCCAAGUUCCUUCCCGACGGGCGCCCCACUCGGAAGACACCCCUCCCCCUCCUGCUUUCCCCUCCUCCCUAGCUUAGCCCUUUGCACUGGGACUUUGGGGAGGGGGCUGUGCCGAGCGAAGAGAACUCUGCCAGGAUUCUGAGGUCAAUGAGGCUGACAGUGGAUGUAUUUGCUGGCUAAACCUGACUUUAUAUGGAGUUGACUCCUUGACAUUUCUGAAUCUAUUAUUUGAUCAGCAAGAAUCAGUUUCGGAUGAAUGUUAAAUAAGGCUGUUCAUCUCUGUAAAGCUUAUUGAUUCGCCUCAUGUAAAGUAUGCUCAGUUCCUUUCCAGUGGUGAGAAUAAGUCACCUUAUCACUAUUGGAAAACACUCCAGAAACUUUUGUUUGCUGGAAACCAUGUCUCACUAUACAGAUGAACCCAGAUUUACCAUAGAACAGAUAGAUCUGCUUCAGCGCCUUCGGCGUACUGGAAUGACUAAACAUGAAAUCCUCCAUGCUUUGGAAACUUUGGAACGUCUUGAUCAAGAACAUAGUGACAAGUUUGGAAGAAGGUCCAGCUAUGGAGGAAGUUCAUAUGGGAAUAGUACCAAUAAUGUUCCAGCAUCUUCCUCUACAGCUACAGCUUCCACACAGACCCAGCAUUCGGGAAUGUCCCCAUCACCCAGCAACAGCUAUGAUACCUCCCCACAGCCUUGCACUACCAAUCAGAAUGGGAGGGAGAAUAGCGAGCGAUUAUCCACCUCCAAUGGAAAGAUGUCACCAACUCGCUAUCAUGCAAACAGCAUGGGUCAGAGGUCUUACAGUUUUGAAGCCUCAGAAGAGGACCUAGAUGUAGAUGAUAAAGUGGAGGAAUUAAUGAGGAGGGACAGCAGUGUGAUAAAAGAGGAAAUCAAAGCCUUUCUUGCCAAUCGGAGGAUUUCCCAAGCAGUUGUUGCACAGGUAACAGGUAUUAGCCAGAGUCGGAUUUCCCAUUGGCUAUUGCAGCAGGGAUCAGACUUGAGUGAACAGAAGAAGAGAGCAUUUUACCGAUGGUAUCAACUUGAGAAGACAAACCCAGGGGCGACACUAAGUAUGAGACCUGCUCCUAUUCCAAUAGAGGACCCAGAGUGGAGACAAACACCUCCCCCAGUCUCGGCCACAUCUGGAACCUUCCGACUAAGACGGGGUAGUCGAUUUACCUGGCGAAAGGAAUGCCUGGCUGUCAUGGAAAGUUACUUCAAUGAAAAUCAGUACCCAGAUGAAGCAAAGAGAGAAGAAAUUGCAAAUGCUUGCAAUGCCGUCAUACAGAAGCCAGGUAAAAAGCUUUCGGACCUGGAGCGCGUUACCUCCCUGAAAGUCUAUAACUGGUUUGCUAAUAGACGGAAGGAGAUCAAGAGGAGAGCCAAUAUCGAAGCAGCAAUCCUAGAGAGUCAUGGGAUAGAUGUACAGAGUCCAGGAGGCCAUUCCAACAGUGAUGACGUCGAUGGGAAUGACUACUCAGAGCAGGAUACUUGGCAAGUACGCAAUGGGGAGGAGGAGGAGGGAAGAAGUUCAGAGGGAGGCAGAGAAGCAGAGAAGGAUGACAGCACUAGCCAUAGUGACCACCAAGACCCCAUCUCAUUAGCUGUGGAAAUGGCGGCGGUCAACCACACUAUCUUGGCAUUGGCCCGACAAGGGGCCAACGAAAUCAAGACAGAGGCCCUGGAUGACGACUGAUCAGGGAGGGUUAAACACAAGAUGUUAACUUAGUUUUAGAUGUAGCACCUUAGCAGACUUUCCUCGGUCCUUAACAUGUGUUCUUACAGUAUAACUUUGCAGUUUCUUGUAUGUCAGUUAGCCAUUAGGGUCUUGUUCUGUGAAGAUGGCAUGGUGCCCUCAGCCUCUGCAUAUACUCUCAGUAUUAAUUCCCAGUAAAUAACCACCAACCAACCACACUUCUCUCCCAGCCCCCGAGGCUAGAAAAUCUUGCUGCUCUGUCUUAGCAUUCCAAGAAAGUGCUUCCAGGUAUUUAGAUAGCCCUUCGUUCUCAAAUAUUAGGCGACAUGUAAAGUCUCAGAGACCUUUAGAUUCAUGUAACACUAGUCUUUAACUCCCUUUCCCCUCCCCAAGACUAAUACGGCUGCAAGCUGAGAUCGUGUGGCACAGGAUUGACAGGCACCACUGGGGAGCACUCACAAAAUCAAAGGGAACACUAGAACCCCCACCUCAGCAAGCGUCCCGGAUUUCCAGCUGCAAUAAGCCGUGCCUCAUUAUAGUCACACUGUGGCUAGAUUAUCCUCCUUUGGGUGCUGUGCUAAGAAUGUCAAUAGAACAACUUGGUCUCAGAUUUUGGUUGGUGUUAACAUGCCUGACACAGACAUCCUUUCCUCUCACAAGCUGUGUGACUUAGUCUAUAAAAUACUGCCUUCUGCCUUGGGGACCAUGAUUUUUUUAAAAAGUCAUUGAAAAAGAACCUAGCUUGAGAGCAUUGGAGAAAAACCUGAGCUGCAGAUCUAAUGGAAGCCGACGGCCAGUUCUCAGAACCACUGUCCAUGAUGCUGGCACGGUCUCCAGUGCCUGCCUGGAAAGUCCCGAUGUCUCAGCACAGAAGGUUCUUUGCCUCCUGUCUAUGUCCCUUUUCCCUGCUACCAAAAAAAAAAAGUCAAGGUCAGAUAUGAUGGAAUGAACUUGUAGUCUGUCCACCGAACUGAAGUCACCUCGCUGUGAGAGGUUGGGUGGGUCCGUGCUGACUGUCAACAAAUGCAAAUUCUCACCUAAACAGGAGUGAACAAGAUGGGGAUUUGCCACCUCCUGUGGCCACACUAGACGACCCCCCCCCAUCCCGGGAGGGGGCUGCUUUGGUGGUCUCUUUAUUCUGUCCUUAUAGAGGUGAUAAGCUAGAUUGCUACAGGUAAUUUAUGUAAUAAUUGGAAGCCAUAUUGAUAAUGGAUGUGGUAAUAUUUGUAAAGUUUUGAUCUACUUUAAACGGCAGUAACUAAUGGGAUUUUUUUCCUUGAUCACAUAUGUAGCACUUUCGUUACUUUUUAAAGAUAUUUAUAUUUGAUAAAUCCUUUUUUUCAUUUGAGAACUCAAAAUACCAAACAGUGAACUUCUGUUAUAGAGUCACCCUGUGAUCACCUUGUCAUCUAGUAGCAAAAUGAUGAACUAUUCAUGCAUCAAAGAAAAUUACAUCCACCGGCCGUGUAUGAGAAUGGUGUCUUGGCAUCCCGAUUAAAUGACACGCUGUCACUGCGGGGACGGGGACGGGGACGGGGACGAGGACGCAGUGCUUGGCGCAGCAGCAUGGAGACACAGUGCUGUGUGUUCUCUGCCUCCGUCCAGCCUCUCUGCUGCGAAGGGAGCCUUGCUCACUGGGGUGGUCAUGGGGGAGGGGGGAGAGGGCUGCCUGAACUGACAGACACCUGCCGCCCUCUUGUCUGUCUUGGGGGAAAACAGAUUCUAAGGUAGAAGGAAAGUGCUACUUCCUCACCUCUUCACCCCAGCCCAACUCACCCCCAAGUGUAUUCAACUUAAAACCACUGAGGCAGACCUCUGACCUUCCUCCAUGCCCCUUUCUGUUAGUGGCCUGUUGCAUUAUCCACCCACUUAGGCGCACCCUGACUUGAACAUCUCUUUUUUCUGUCUGGCUGGUGAGAGAGGGAGGAGAGCUCUGGCAGAGGGCUUGAUUGGAAGUGCCACCUGGCAUGUGUCUGACUUGGGGAGCCCUGGCCUGCACUCGCCCAUGGGCUUCAGGGGAAGGCGUGGAGUUUUUCCCACUUUCCAAGAUUGAAGUAAAGGGGGCCUUCCUUUCUGUCGCACUGCGUGGCCUGAAUUAACCCAUUCACGAGUAGCAUUUGUUAAUCUCAGGAAUGAUCCCUCACUCUUGUUCUUUCUUGCUUUGUGUGGCUUUAAUUUCAAUUAGGAAGUUGUAUUCUCUCUCUAUUUUACUUGUAAGGAAUGUAGUGUAUUACAUCUUCUAAUUUUGAUGGAA